CAGCUGGCAGUUUCAACUGAUAGUCUGACACAUUACAAUAUACUGGAAACUCUGACCUUUAAACCAGGUUUUUAGUCUUUGUUGUCUAUUUUUUUAAGUAUAAAGUCCAAAACCACCAUGGACUUUCACUGUGGAAGAUCACGCCUUCCACUCUGCAGCCUGUGAUCUAAGGUUUUUUUUUUUUUUUUGGGAGCACCUUUAAUCACUUUACCUUUCUGCAUGAUGCGAAACUGCAGCCAUAGGUGACGCAAAAAGUUUUGAGUUUGUUGGUGGAAAGUUUGUUCCGGAGCUGCUCUGCCGGGGUCUCCUCACCUGAUUUCUGCACGCCACUCCCAGCCAGUGGUGCAGAGCCUCAUCGCGGGCCCCCCUUGCGGCGGUCGGGAUGGGCUCCUUAGUGGGGACACCGGGAGCUCUGCCUGCCUGGAAAGCCACGAUUUUCCUUUUUAACAUAAUCGCUGCUGCUGUGGCCAAAAGACACGUCGUGUACUGGAACUCAACAAACACAAGGUUAACAGCAGGAGAUCUGUCCAUCCAGGUGAACCUGAAUGACUACCUGGACAUUUACUGCCCACACUACCCCAACAAGGGAACACUGGACCCCGGGCAGCCAGAGUCACUGGCCCUCUACCUGGUGGGAGAGGCUACUUUCCAGGGCUGCGUGGAGACUAGAGGGGCCAUCAAGAGGUGGGAGUGUAACACCCCCUACGCUCCCUUCGGACCAGUGCGCUUCUCUGAAAAGAUCCAAAGGUUCACCCCCUUCUCGCUGGGGUUUGAGUUUCUGCCAGGGCGCCACUACUACUACAGCUCCCUACCAUCAGAUGAAGGGCCUCCUCUGCCAUGUAUGAAGUUGCGUGUCACAGUGUGCUGCGAGCCCACAUCAGAGGGUUCAAAACAAAUACAAAAAACUGCAACUAGAAGUAGUGUUUGCUCACUGAGGACCGUUUCGCUUCCAGCCCUCCUCAUCCUCAUCCUCCUCCUGCUGACUACCUGACUUCCUCAUCCGUCCUCACAGCUGACCUCACAUAUAUGUCCUCCAUUGGAUCAGGAAAUACUACUCAGACAUUCAAGUACACAAUGCAAUCUACGCUCAGACAGUGAAUGACACAAUGCAAUCUAUGCUAAGCUAUCGCAAAUGACACAUAUUAUCUUGUGGCUGUUUACCUGUGAAAUUCCAGAAAGAAUCGGGUGUCUUCUCCAGAACAGGGCCACAGUGACUCAGGGACUGACACGCCGAAUCACAGUGAUUCAUUUCUUGUUAUUUUCUUUUCCCCACCUGUUGUGCGAGUAGUAGCACAGAAUAUUACACGUAGAGUUAGUCAUAAGACUCAUAUCCCUCUCUGAAGCCAAAAGAACAAUGAGUCUGUCAGGAAAAACUUUUUUUCUCUUUCUCAUCUCUGUUUCUCAUUUUCUAUAAUAUUGUGUUGGAUUUAGUUCUUUCUGAGAACUUGCCUCCAGUCAAAAAGUGGCCAAAUAAACACAUACUACUGUACAGGUUUGAGGUCACUCAGUGAGCUGGUGACUUUCUUCUUUUUCUUUACGUGGGCCGACAUCAAGGGCUGACACAUUUUAAACUGCCUUAUUUGAAUCUGAGUAAGAUAAUUGUGUUAAACCUUUGUAACUAAUUAGAUUUUGGAAAUAAAAGGGUUUUAGGAGGAAAUGUUCUGGAAUAGUCAUGCAGGGCUGCUGCGCCCCCUACUGGGAUUAAACUGGUUUAACUGGAGUUGGACUGGGUUGGCCAUGAACUCAGAAACUGGACACUAGAUUUUGGUGCUAGAUGGUGAUAAUGGGACCUUGGGCAGAGUUUGUCCUCUCUGUUUGAGAAUCAGAGAUUCAGAAUAAAGCACAGAACAGAGGGGGUUUAUGGGUAAAUGGUAAGCAUCAGCUCCUUUCGCUCCACUGUACACACUGCGGACCACUGACUUUGGUUGAUGCCUCUUGACCAAUCAGAUGUGCACGUAUGCAGACAAGCUUUUUGUUGUUUUUGUUGUUGUUGUUUUGAACGCAGGAUCCUUGAUUUUAGGUUUUACUGUAUAGUUAAUAUAUUCUGCAAAAUGAAAUAUAUUGACUACAUUAUUCAAUGUUUUAGUGAGAUCUGAUCUCUGGUAUUUAAGUGCAAAGGUCCGACAAAAAAUAUCCUUUUGCAUAUACAAACAAUGAUUUACGUUCUGGAUAUAUAUAUGUAUAUACUGGUAUAUUUUCAUUAUUCACUGCUGCAAUGUAGUUUUGCAAGUUAAAUGAUGGUGGAAUUAAUUUAAUUAUUAUUAUUUUUUUGCCAAAUAAUUGUUUUAAGAAAUCUCUCUAAUUGACUGUCGUCAAUUGAGAAAAAAUAUCAUAAUGAAUUUACAAUUCAUUUAUUUUCAUAAUCUUAAAUUGAAGUUAGAGAUAAUACAGUUGUGUAUUUUUCAUUGAAUUUAAAUGAAGUUUAUGUAUUUAUGAAAUUACAUAAAUUAUUUCCCCACAAUAUUUGAGUGACUUAAGUUCAGAAAAUCUAUAGGUUAGUUUCUAUCUUUAAAAAAACUACAUUGUUAGCACUAAUAUAUUUUUUUCUCUCUACAUAUUUGGGUCUCGUGCUGUAAAUCACACCAGUCAUGCAGUUGUUGUUUUUUUUAUGUUAAUUUCCUUAAUGAUGUUUGAAGAUUUGUUAAAUAAUUUCAGUGAUGUAGAAUUUUACAGUCAUGUAAACUUUAAAUUGUUUUUUGAUUUCUUUUUGCGUGUGUAUCGUGUUCUGCUUUCACAUUUUAGUGAAGAAUGUAGCUUCUUCUGUGAAGAGCCAACUGCAAUCUGAGCCUUUUUUUUCUACGUGGCAAAACAACAAAAUAAAUAUGAUUGCAUUUAAACACUUCAAGUCGAUCCUCAUUUAACUUUUGAAAGUAUCGAUGUUUUAUGUAACCGCAGGUCUCAGUGACAAUACACACAACUUUACUUGCAGAACACACACAUUCAGUGUAAUACACAGGAGUACAGAGAUAAGGAGACUUCUGGGACUUGAAAUGACCUUGUGGUGUAAGAGGCCACUGUAAUGUGAGUAACCUAGUGGAAUAUUGAGCUGAGUUUUUAUCUAUGGGCAGCCAAAGUCUGAUAAGACUCAGAUAACCAAUAGACUCCCGGUAUUAAUAGACCCUGAAGCACCAUUGCCAAUACAUCGACCUUUAAAGUAGUGGCUUUAUUUUCAGUAAACACAGAACUGAGACUGAAUACAGAGCAAGAGGAGUUGUUUUUGUUUUGCACUUUAAAUAUAGAAAUGUACAUCCAAAUAAGCUGUAAAUGUAUUUCCAUUUAUGUCAGCUGAAAUGUAGAGCCUCGUGUGAAGCCAGAAAGGCAAUUUCCUGGAUAAUGGGGCUAAUGCUCCUAUUUCAUGGUUUAUGAUCUCUUCUGAUGACAUGUUUGUCACUGUUGACGCAUGUUAUGAACUGCCUUUGAUUUUGACCUUCACAUAGAAAUAUCCAAAGCCUAUGUUUUCAUUCUUUUUCUAUUGUGAAUGAUGAAGUGAGCGCACUAAAAUCAGCAGAAAGUGGGGGGGGUACUUUUAGACCAACUUAAAAAGCAGCAUCAGUAAACCGAGCCUGUAUCCACUGUACGGCUGUUUAUUCCAGCAAAAGCGUGCAUAAACCAAAAGUGUGAUAUCAAGGUUUUUUUUUUUUUUGUAUGUUUUAUCUUUGACUGCAGACAGGAAAUGUUUGAACAAUCAAACCAAAAAUUUAUAUUUUCAUAAUGUCCUUGUACUUGACAGUGUUGAUGUUUUGAACAAGUCUGUGUCGAUGUACUAAAGCUGGAA